AUGUGCGCGACCAAAGUCGAGAGCAAUUCCGGACCGAUUCCCGAGGCGAUGGGCCAACUGGUCGAGACCUACGCGCAGCUGUUCAAAAACGGCCAGCGUUCCCCCAUACUGCGUCGACCAGACGAGUAUGGCAUGAAGUACGAGGACAUAUUCUUCCCUUCCCUUGACGGUACCAUCUUGCAGGGCUGGUUCAUCCCUGCAGCCAAUUCCAAGAAGCUCAUCAUUGCCAACCACCCCAUGACGUGCAAUCGCUACGGGUAUCCCGGACAUCUGGAGGGCUACGGGGGCUUUGGGGGCUUUGAAGUCAACUUCUUGCCCGACUACAAGGCUCUCCACGACGCUGGCUUCAACGUCAUCUGCUACGACCUUCGCAACCAUGGCAUCAGCGAUCAAGGCUCAGGAGGUACCUGCGGUGCUCUCGGAUACUAUGAAGCUCGCGACGUCGUCGGCUCUCUCAAAUAUGCCCGCUCGCGCCCCGAGACCAAAGAUAACUCCAUCGGUCUUCUGAGCCGCUGCAUGGGCGGCAACUCCACCAUCCACGCCAUGACGCAUUUCCCCGAAUACUUUUCCGACAUCAAGGCCCUUAUCCUCCUGCAGGCCGUCUCCGGGCACGCAUUCGUGGAGAAGGGCGCCAUCAACUCCAACCUCGACGUUGCGGCAACUGUGGCGGCCUUUGACAAGCGGAUCCACGAAUUGACCGGCUUCCGCCUGAAAGAGCUGACUCCCAUACCGUUAGCCAAGAAUGUGACUGUUCCAACUCUGUUUGCGCAGGUUAGGAAGGACGCCUUGAUCGAUACGAAGGACAGUCAGGAGAUUUUCGAUGCUCUGGGCAGCAAGGAAAAGAAACUCAUAUGGAUCGAGGAUUCGACCAGACGAUUCGACGGCUACAACUACUUUGCCGAAAAGCCCGCUGAGAUGGUUCAGUGGUUCCAAAAGUUUGUUUAG